GAUUUGAUUGAACUUUAUUAACAUGUAGGCACCACGGAGAGACGGCGGUCCGCCACGCCGAUGACUAUGGUUUCUGACUCCAACACGGGCGGCAAUUACUACGACUGACUCGACCCAUCUCUGCGACUUUACGUCUACCCUCCCCGUCAAAAACUCAUGGCACCGCUGAGUCAUCCCUCUAUACAAGAUGGCUGGUUUCGCGAAAUCUCGUCGCAAUGGCCAGGUCAGGCCAUGACCCUCAAGGUCCGCAAGAUCCUUCACGUCGAAAAGUCCUUCUACCAGGACGUCCUCGUCUUCGAAUCUGAAACAUACGGCAAUGUUCUCGUCCUCGAUGGUGUCAUCCAGUGCACCGAGCGAGACGAGUUCUCCUACCAGGAGAUGAUCGCCCAUCUCCCACUCGCCAGUCACUCGAACCCCGAGAAGGUCCUGGUCAUCGGCGGAGGCGACGGAGGUGUGGUUCGUGAGGUCUUGAAGCAUGCGAGCGUAAGGAAUGUGGUGUUAUGCGACAUCGACGAGGCCGUCGUACGUGUUUCUCGUCAGUUCCUUCCCCACAUGUCUGCACUUCUGGACGAUGCACGGGUUACGAUCCACAUUGGCGAUGGGUUCAAAUUCCUUGCGGACAACACGUCCACGUACGACGUCAUCAUCACGGACUCGUCGGAUCCUGUUGGACCUGCGGAGUCGCUGUUCCAGAAGCCGUACUUCGAGCUGUUGCACGGCGCGCUUGCUCCUGGUGGUCACAUUGCGACGCAGGCCGAAUGCCAAUGGAUUCAUCUUCCGCUUAUCGCGGAGGUUAUCCGGACCGCGCGUAGAAUUUUCCCCGUCGUAGGGUACGCAUACACGACCAUCCCGACCUAUCCCUGUGGCCAGAUUGGCUUCCUAGUAUGCUCCAAGGACGAAGGCCGCGAUAUACGUGAACCCGUGCGUCAGGUCGAGCCGACCCGGUACUACAACACGGGGAUCCAUCGCGCGGCGUUCACCCUACCCGAGUUCAGCCGUGUCUGCUUGGAGGAGGGCAGCGAUUUACUGCCAAACUUUGGCAGAGUUUUGGUGCCGGCCAGUCCGCCGAAGAAGGUACUCCUUCUAGGCAGCGGUCUGGUUGCGAAGCCGGCGGCAGAGUACAUCGUGCGCGACCCUCGGAACCACCUCACCGUCGCAUGCCGCACCCUUGAAACAGCCCAGGCCCUCUGCGCCGGUCUACCAAAUACAACGCCGCUGUCGCUUGACGUCGCGGACAUGAUUAGCCUCGAAGCGUCCGUUAGCGCCCACGACCUUGUCGUCUCGCUCGUACCAUACACGCUCCACGCCGAGGUCAUCAAGGCUGCCAUCAAGGGCAGGACACACGUCGUCACGACUAGCUAUGUCAGCGACGCCAUGCGCGCACUCGACGCCGCAGCAAAGGAGGCGGGCAUUGUCGUCAUGAACGAGAUUGGGCUAGACCCGGGCAUCGACCACCUGUAUGCUAUCAAGACGAUAGACGAAGUGCACGCGAAAGGAGGGAAGAUCAAGCAGUUCAUAUCCUGCUGCGGUGGACUCCCGGCGCCCGAAUGCUCCGACAACCCGCUCGGCCUCAAGUUCUCGUGGUCGCCGCGCGGGGUGCUUAUUAACUCGGUGAACCCGUCCGCGUUUCUCGAAGGCGGAGAGAUCGUCGAUGUCCCGGGGAGCCAGCUUAUGGAAUACGCUAAGCCGUACUUUAUCUCGCCAGCGUACGCGUUCGUCGCGUACCCGAAUCGCAAUUCGGCGCCCUUCCGCGAGUUUUACCGUAUUUCCGAGGCAGAGACCGUGCUGCGCUGCAAUCUGCGCUACCAGGGCUUCCCCGAGUUUGUCAAGGCGCUCGUCAAGAUUGGCUGGCUCAGUGCGGCUCCAAAGGAGUGGCUGAGCGUUGAGCUGACCUGGGCGGAGGUGACGCAGCGGGUCAUUGGUGCAGCUGACGCUGACGAAAGGGCGCUUGUGAGCCGUAUCAGAGAGCUCUGCGCGUUCCCGGACGAGAUCGAGGCGGCCCGUGUCGUGUCCGGCUUGCGCUGGAUCGGCAUGUUCUCGACUUCUGAGAAGGUCAAGCCGCGUCAGGGCAAUCUGCUCGAUACUCUCUGUGCGCGGCUCGAGGGGAUGCUCUCUUACGCGCGCGGCGAGCGCGACCUCGUGAUGCUCCAACACAAAUUUAUCGUCGAGUGGGCAGACGGCAAGAUCGACACACUCACAUCGACGCUGGAGGCGUAUGGCGAACCUGACGGCCACUCGGCAAUGGCGCGUCUGGUGGGCUUACCCUGUGGCAUCGCAACGCAGCUCGUUUUGGACGGCAUGAUCAACACACCGGGCAUCCUCGCGCCGUAUACGAAGGAGCUCUGCGACCCGAUUCGCGAGAUUCUGGAGAACGAAGGCGUGGGUCUCGUUGAAAAGGUCCUAUGACACUGCAACAUCGUGCCGUUGCGAGCACUGGGCGCCUCUAUAAUAGGAACGCGCAUCUUUCCUUCUGAGUAAGCAUGUUGCUAGCUUCCUUUGUCUGAAUCGUCUGCAUGUUGAGAUUCACGUGAAUACAAAGACAACGGGAUACUUGUUCACUACUAUACAUUGUGCAUGCACGAGUCUCAGCUGGAAUGAUCACUUGACCUCAAUG